CUAUGAGCAGGCGGGACACAGAUCUUGUUGCCCGGGCAAGAGGGAGCUUCCAAGGAAAGUCAACAGGCAGACUUGGAUAUUGUAGUUUUUAAAAACAUGUUUUACCAUAUUUGAAAACGUACAAAAUAACGGGUAAUGUAUAAUAUAUAACGUUUGAUGGUUUCUCUUUUCUGGUGCAGUGGAGAAUCGCUGUGCCGACCGUAAAGGGGGAAAUUUUACGCAGGAUGCCACCAACUGGAGAGACGCAGGACGCACAGCGACAGACAAGGAUGGGGGCAUGCCGGUCAGUUGUCAUAGACACGGCCAAAUUGAUUCGUUUUUUCAUAUUUCAAAUGAUGGUGGGGAUAUUUUUCUAAUAAAUUGUUUCUGAUGAAUACAAAACAGAUGGCAGAUAUGCAAGAGGUGCCUCUUAUCAAAAUGGAGAACCAUGGCACCAGCAGACCGGAAGAGAUUGUCCAACUGGUCAGUGAGAGCAGUGAGAAGGUUGUGCCAGAACCAGGUUCUUCAUCAUCUACUGAAACCACAGACCUUCUGGACCAGCAGGGCAACAGACACAGAGCUCCAGACACCUCACUCAAUAUAGAACCUGAAAACCAGACGUUCCAGCAUCCAGCAUCACAAUACAACAGAGCAACACAGGACCAUCAGGUUGCUGAGUGUGUGACCUGGGAAACUGACCAUCAACCCAUAGCAUACAGCCUGUCUCAAUGGACAGAGAACCAAGAGACUGACAACCCAACUGUGAAUGCACUUCACAAUGCAGGGCCAAACUCCAAUAGGGUGUCUGGACAUCCAGAGAAGAGAGGGGCUCCUGGUAACUCUGGGGUCUACAUGUCAGCUUUGGGCUCUCUGGACUGGGUGCCUGAUGUGGUGAUGGUGGACUCAGUUCCCAUUAAAGUGGAGGCAGAUAUGAGUUCAGAAUGGAGCAUAACUGGCCAAGAGGCAACAUCUGGAGAGGUCUGUUCAGACAGCAGGCAGCUUGUGGACAACAGAGGAAGAGGGGGAAUGGAGUCUGGACAGACAAAGUGUCCCACUGACACUCAACAUGCAGAGCAAGGGAGAACUGUAGGAUCAAGGUCCAAGAUGUCAGAUUUCAAUGGACUGUCCACCAUAAACAGCUUUUCAUCCCCAAGGGUUACCCUCCACCAGGUUCCCCAAAGAGGGAAGCCAGCCAACUUCCCGAAUUUCAACAGAGGCUCCACUUCUUCAUUGAAAGGCAUAGAAAAACAGCCGCAACAGCUGACGUCUUGCUCCACCAAGAGGCAGCUCCGGUGCAGCCUCUGUGGAAAGCUCUUCCCCAAGCCGGCGCACCUGCAGAGGCACAUGCGGGUCCAUACGGGGGAGAAACCGUACGGCUGCAGCCACUGCACCAAGCGCUUCUCCCACAGCCACCAGCUGAAGAUGCAUGAGAGGGUGCACACCGGAGAGAAACCGUUUCAAUGUGUCUACUGCGGGAAGUGCUUCACCCAGUCUGGCCACAUGAAGAAGCACCUCCUCGUCCACACUGGUGGCAGACCACAGGACGUUGUGCUGCCCUGAAUGUUCCAGGGUGAAGUUUCCCCUAGGUACAGAUCUUGGAUCAGCUUCCUCUCCCCAAUCCUAACCUUAAACAUUUGUUCUAAAAAAAUGCAGAACUGCCCCAAGAUCAGCAUCUAGGGGCAACUUCACAAUAAUGAUAGGCAGUGCCAGGAGUUUUCCCUCACCACAUGACCAGACCAGGGAAAAAUUCCUGGCCCUAGUUGUAAGGGGAAUGGCUCCACACUACUGGGGUUUUCCUAUGAAGACUGGGUCCAUGUGUUUUUGUAUUGUUUUAUUGGAAGUAUUUAAGUUUUCUUGUUUUUCAAUCAACAAACACAACAAUCCACAUUCACAGAUGUGGCAGACAUAAAACAUAAACAAACAACACAUUUGCAGCAGCACUAUCCGUGAACGUGUUAGCUAUUUCCAGCUUUAGCUGAGACAACGAGCAAAUAACUUGUUUUACAGCACUGUACACAACAUGUGUAUAUACACACAUUUCCUUAAUCUCCCCAUUCUGUCCAGUUUGAAAUAUAGUUGAGUAGUGGAGACCAGAGUCAAUUGAACCUGCACCGUCUCUUGCUGAGGUCACAAGGGAGCUUUUCAAGAGGAAGAAAGUCAACAAUCUGGUCAAUCCACAUUUUAAAUGUAGGACAGGAAUUAGAAGCCCACCUUGGUAGAAUAUUUCUUUUUUUAGCAAAGUAUGUGAUAGUCAUAAACACAUUUUCUGUGUUUAGAUCAAGAACAAAGUCCUGCUAAGCAUUAAGAAGAGCCAUGGUGUCAUGUCAAACUAUAUCUAAUAUUUUCUAUGCAGCAGUGUGUAUAGAUUGCCAAAAUCUGUCAGUCUCCCCGCAAUGCCAAAAUAUGUGCAUGUAAGUUCCACUUUCAGACACAGGAGGUUGGUGGCACCUUAAUUGGGGACGACGGGCUCGUGGUCAUGGCUGGAGCGGAAUUGGUGGAAUGGUAUCAAAACACAUGUUUUGUAUGUGCUUGGUGCCACUUACUCCAUUCCAGUUAUUAUAAAUCGUCCUCCCCUCAGCAGCCUCCACUGCUUUCAGAUGUACAUCUUUUACAAUCAGGAGAAAUGUCUGUAUUCAUUCUAUGGAGUCUCACUGGGGUGUAAUACA